GCGCGUAGGGGGCGGGGCCGGGCGCGCGGCAGGGCGCGAGAGCGCGCCCGCGGCGGCGGUGGCGGAGACUGUGCGGGGGGCGGGGAACUUUGGCUAAGGCGACAGUGGAGGCUUAGGCACCGGUGGCGGUGCUGCUCGGCGCGCGGCCAGCUUUGUAGUUCGGAACGGAACCCUUGGCGUCGCGGGCUCCGCCCAGAAAGUUUGCCGUGGAGUCGCGACCUCUUGGCCCGCGCGGCCCGGCAUGAAGCGGCGUUGAGGAGCUGCUGCUGCCGGUUGCCGCUGCCGCCGCCGCCGCCGCCUAAGGAGGAGCCGCAGCACCCUGGGCCACGCCGAUGACUACUGCAAACUGUGGCGCCCACGACGAGCUCGACUUCAAACUCGUCUUUGGCGAGGACGGGGCGCCGGCGCCGCCGCCCCCGGGCUCGCGGCCUGCAGAUCUUGAGCCAGAUGAUUGUGCAUCCAUUUACAUCUUUAAUGUAGAUCCACCUCCAUCUACUUUAAACACACCACUUUGCUUACCACAUCAUGGAUUACCGUCUCACCCUUCUGUUUUGUCACCAUCGUUUCAGCUCCAAAGUCACAAAAACUAUGAAGGAACUUGUGAGAUUCCUGAAUCUAAAUAUAGCCCAUUAGGUGGUCCCAAACCCUUCGAGUGCCCAAGUAUUCAAAUUACAUCUAUCUCUCCCAACUGUCAUCAAGAAAUAGAAGCACAUGAAGAUGACCUACAGAUAAAUGACCCAGAACGGGAAUUUUUGGAAAGGCCUUCUAGAGGUCAUCUCUAUCUUCCUCUUGAGCCAUCCUACCGGGAGUCUUCUCUUAGUCCUAGUCCUGCCAGCAGCAUCUCUUCUAGGAGCUGGUUCUCUGAUGCAUCUUCUUGUGAAUCGCUUUCACAUAUUUAUGAUGAUGUGGAUUCAGAGUUGAAUGAAGCUGCAGCCCGAUUUACCCUUGGAUCCCCUCUGACUUCUCCUGGUGGCUCUCCAGGGGGCUGCCCUGGAGAAGAAACUUGGCAUCAACAGUAUGGACUUGGACACUCAUUAUCACCCAGGCAAUCUCCUUGCCACUCUCCUAGAUCCAGUGUCACUGAUGAGAAUUGGCUGAGCCCCAGGCCAGCCUCAGGACCCUCAUCAAGGCCCACAUCCCCCUGUGGGAAACGGAGGCACUCCAGUGCUGAAGUUUGUUAUCCUGGGUCCCUUUCACCCCAUCACUCACCUGUUCCUUCUCCUGGUCACUCCCCCAGGGGAAGUGUGACAGAAGAUACCUGGCUCAAUGCUUCUGUCCAUGGUGGGUCAGGCCUUGGCCCUGCAGUUUUUCCAUUUCAGUACUGUGUAGAGACUGACAUCCCUCUCAAAACAAGGAAAACUUCUGAAGAUCAUGCUGCAAUACUACCAGGAAAAUUAGAGCUGUGUUCAGAUGACCAAGGGAGUUUAUCACCAUCCCGGGAGACUUCAAUAGAUGAUGGCCUUGGAUCUCAGUAUCCUUUAAAGAAAGAUUCAUCUGGUGAUCAGUUUCUUUCAGUUCCUUCACCCUUUACCUGGAGCAAACCAAAGCCUGGCCACACCCCUAUAUUUCGCACAUCUUCAUUACCUCCACUAGACUGGCCUUUACCAGCUCAUUUUGGACAAUGUGAACUGAAAAUAGAAGUGCAACCUAAAACUCAUCAUCGAGCCCAUUAUGAAACUGAAGGUAGCCGAGGGGCAGUAAAAGCAUCUACUGGGGGACAUCCUGUUGUGAAGCUCCUGGGCUAUAAUGAAAAGCCGAUAAAUCUACAAAUGUUUAUUGGGACAGCAGAUGAUCGAUAUUUACGACCUCAUGCAUUUUACCAGGUGCAUCGAAUCACUGGGAAGACAGUCGCUACUGCAAGCCAAGAGAUAAUAAUUGCCAGUACAAAAGUUCUGGAAGUUCCUCUUCUUCCUGAAAACAAUAUGUCAGCCAGUAUUGAUUGUGCAGGUAUUUUGAAACUCCGCAAUUCAGAUAUAGAACUUCGAAAAGGAGAAACUGAUAUUGGCAGAAAGAAUACUAGAGUACGACUUGUGUUUCGUGUACACAUCCCACAGCCCAGUGGAAAAGUCCUUUCUCUGCAGAUAGCCUCUAUACCCGUUGAGUGCUCCCAGCGGUCUGCUCAAGAACUUCCUCAUAUUGAGAAGUACAGUAUCAACAGUUGUUCUGUAAAUGGAGGUCAUGAAAUGAUUGUGACUGGAUCUAAUUUUCUUCCAGAAUCCAAAAUCAUUUUUCUUGAAAAAGGACAAGAUGGACGACCUCAGUGGGAGGUAGAAGGGAAGAUAAUCAGGGAAAAAUGUCAAGGGGCUCACAUUGUCCUUGAAGUUCCUCCAUAUCAUAACCCAGCAGUUACAGCUGCAGUGCAGGUGCACUUUUAUCUUUGCAAUGGCAAGAGGAAAAAAAGCCAGUCUCAACGUUUUACUUAUACACCAGUUUUGAUGAAGCAAGAACACAGAGAAGAGAUUGAUUUGUCUUCAGUUCCAUCUUUGCCUGUGCCUCAUCCUGCUCAGACCCAGAGGCCUUCCUCUGAUUCAGGGUGUUCACAUGACAGUGUACUGUCAGGACAGAGAAGUUUGGUUUGUUCCAUCCCACAAACAUAUGCAUCCAUGGUGACCUCAUCCCAUCUGCCACAGUUGCAGUGUAGAGAUGAGAGUGUUAGUAAAGAACAGCAUAUGAUUCCUUCUCCAGUUGUACACCAGCCUUUUCAAGUCACACCAACACCUCCUGUGGGGUCUUCCUAUCAGCCUAUGCAAACUAACGUUGUGUACAAUGGACCAACUUGUCUUCCUAUUAAUGCUGCCUCUAGUCAAGAAUUUAAUUCAGUUUUGUUUCAGCAGGAUGCAACUCUUCCUGGUUUAGUGAAUCUUGGCUGUCAACCACUGUCAUCCAUACCAUUUCAUUCUUCAAAUUCAGGCUCAACAGGACAUCUCUUAGCCCAUACACCUCAUUCUGUGCAUACCCUGCCUCAUCUGCAAUCAAUGGGAUAUCAUUGUUCAAAUACAGGACAAAGAUCUCUUUCUUCUGCAGUGGCUGACCAGAUUACAGGCCAGCGUUCUUCUCAGUUACAACCUGUUACAUAUGGUCCUUCACAUUCAGGGUCUGCUACAACAGCUUCCCCAGCAGCUUCUCAUCCCUUGGCUAGUUCACCGCUUUCUGGGCCACCAUCUCCUCAGCUUCAGCCUAUGCCUUACCAAUCUCCUAGCUCAGGAACUGCCUCAUCACCGUCUCCAGCCACCAGAAUGCAUUCUGGACAGCACUCAACUCAAGCACAAAGUACAGGCCAGGGGGGUCUUUCUGCACCUUCAUCCUUAAUAUGUCACAGUUUGUGUGAUCCAGCUUCAUUUCCACCUGAUGGGGCAACUGUGAGCAUUAAACCUGAACCAGAAGAUCGGGAGCCUAACUUUGCAACCAUUGGUCUGCAGGACAUCACUUUAGAUGAUGACCAAUUUAUAUCUGACUUGGAACACCAGCCAUCAGGUUCAGCAGAGAAAUGGCCUAACCACAGUGUGCUCUCAUGUCCAGCUCCUUUCUGGAGAAUCUAGAGGUGAACGAGAUAAUUGGGAGAGACAUGUCCCAGAUUUCUGUUUCCCAAGGAGCAGGGGUGAGCAGGCAGGCUCCCCUCCGGAGUCCUGAGUCCCUGGAUUUAGGAAGAUCUGACGGGCUCUAACAGUGCUCACUGCAGCCUUGUGUCCACCACCAACUUCUCAGCAUGUUUCUCUCCUUGGACCUUGGGUUUCCAACUCUGCAGCCUUCAGGUCUGGAGCCAGGAGUGGGACCCACCAUUUGUGGGAAAGUAGCAUUCCUCCACCUCAGGCCUUGGGUAGAUUUGGCAAAAGAACAGGAGCAGCAUAGGCUGUUUGAGCUUUGGGGAAAUGAGCUUUGCUUUUUAUAUUUAACUAGGAUACUUUUAUAUGAUGGGUGCUUUGAGUGUGAAUGCAGCAGCCUCUCUUGUUUCCGAGGUGCUGCUUUUGCAGGUGACCUGGUUACUUAGCUAGGAUUGGUGAUUUGUACUGCUUUAUGGUCAUUUGAAGGGCCCUUUAGUUUUUAUGAUAAUUUUUAAAAUAGGAACUUUUGAUAAGACCUUCCAGAAGCAAAAAAAAAAAAAAAAAAGAAAGAAAAAAAAAUAUCCCAAGCCCACACCUAUGCCUCAGAAAGUCAGCAUGUGUCCUGAAGACUUUCAUAGAUUUAUAGGAAAUAAAGCCAAAUGUAGCUCAUACCUCUUUAUAAAACUAAACUGUUGUUAGAUAAAAUGAGAAGAGACCAUUCCAUCAUUGAAGUGUUGGAAUAUAAAAAGACAUUCCAGAGCAUAGCCUUUUGGUAACUUUCUAGGUAAUCUUGCAAUCUCUCCAUACUGGCUCCAUGUUGAAAUUGCUUUUUCCCUCAGGACCCUGGGUAAGAUGGCUACAUUUAAGGUGACUCUGAAUGGUGGGGUUUUAGCUUGGUCACUUUCAUUUCUUGCCAUCAUAAAAACUAGUAGGCUGUGGAGUGCUCUUCCUGUUUGUGUCGUCUGGUCCUAGAACCUUUUCCAAACAGAAGCAUCUGCCUUUGGCUGUUCUGUGACCUUUGAAGCCAGUCUCACAGCGGUUUAGGCAGCUUUGCAGUUCUAACUCUUCUCUAGAGGCCAGGCUGUGUGCAGAGCUAAAGCACAAAUGAGCAGUACAUUAGCAUGGGCAGAGAAAAAUACAGGACUCCAGAUGGGAAGGUUUUAAGAGUCAUACUGGCAUGGAAGGCUUAUCUGCCGUUCUGUUUAUAGCCUGAAAUGAUUCUGGCCUACCCUGCCCUGUCUGUAUGAUCUAAAAACCAGCCUUUUCCCCAGAAGGCUCUGAGCACAUCCAGAAGUGAUAACCUGACCCUCCACACCAAAGACACCCUGGUGCUGCUGCUGGUGAGACUGGUGUCCAAGGCAGGGCCCAGCAGAAACUGCAGCCUGCUGUCUACCAAAGGAGGUACCCGAGUUGGGUACUUUAAAAAAAAAACAAACCUGCCCUUACCCCUCUCCCUAAUGGGAUUUUUUACCUGUUCCUGGGCCCAUUACACAGCCUCUGAAGUUUGCAGUAUGCUUUCAAAUGAAAUAAUAUACUUUCAUUGAUUCAGGAAGCAGAUUUUUUGAGUGCCUAUAUGUGAGACAGUGUGCUGGUUGAAGGCCUGAUGCUGUUAUUCCAGGAGACUGCAGGCCCUUGAUGCCAGGACUCUCUCUACUAAGGCCACCUCAGGUCUGGGAAAGGGAGCUGGCCUAUUGCCCACCACCUGUUGUCAGUAGGGUAGGAGCUGUUGACUCAGGAUGAGGAAGUAUGGUCUUUAAAAAAAACAAAAUAUAUUUUAGAUUUCUCCCCUAAAGUUAGUUAGAGAAAAAGGUCUAUCCUUCAGCAGAUCACUGUGGCCUCUCUUGGAGCUGGGUGUUUUCAAAUUUUCUUGAAAAGUGAGUUGUGUUACAGAAUGUGGAUAGUGAGAUUUGCUUCUGGGCCUGUGGUUGGAAGCCCACAGCUUCCUUCGGAGGGGCAAGAAGUUGGCUUCUCAGUUGACAUUCCAGAGAAAUGGCCAGACUUGCUUCUACCUUUUUGCCCCUGGUGUAGCUGCCUCAUAUGAGGUUAUUGCAAGAGUUCCCCUUGCAAUACCCUUUGGGGGCUGCUUUGCUGCCUUCAAGAAUUAAAAGCCUCUAUGAUCCAGAGUUGCUAUGCACCAAAUUUUGAUGCCUUCUAAAUACCUUGAUGCCUGUAGCACUAGAAAUGCUUUCCUAUUUAAAAUAAACAUUAAAUUUUAAAAUA